CACCACCACUUCAACUCCAUUAUCACUCUCUCUCUCUCUAAACCCAUCCCCUCUCUCUCUCUCUCUAAAAAACCAACAAUGGCAGAAGAACCAGAAACCGGAGAAGAAUACCUCUUCAAAAUCGUGGUCAUCGGCGAUUCCGCCGUGGGUAAAUCCAACCUCCUCUCUCGUUUCGCCAGAGACGAGUUCGACGCACACUCCAAGGCCACCAUUGGCGUCGAGUUUCAAACUCAGGUCGUUGAUAUCGACGGCAAAGAGGUCAAAGCUCAGGUCUGGGACACUGCCGGUCAAGAACGGUUCCGUGCCGUGACCUCUGCUUACUACCGUGGUGCUGUUGGUGCUCUCAUUGUUUAUGAUAUUAGUCGCAGAACCACUUUUGAGAGCAUUAAACGGUGGCUCGGUGAACUCAACACUCAUUGUGAUACGGCGAUGGCAACAAUGCUGGUAGGGAACAAGAGCGAUCUAGAGAAUAUUCGGGAAGUAAGUGUUGAGGAGGGCAAAAGUCUUGCAGAAGAGGAAGAACUUUUCUUCAUAGAAACAUCCGCACUCGAUUCAACAAAUGUUACAACGGCUUUCGAGACUGUGAUCCGUGCUAUUUAUGACAAUGUUAGAAGAAAAGUCCUGAACUCGGAUUCAUACAAGUCCGAAGUGUCUUUGAAUCGUGUAAGCCUGGUUAAAGAUGGGAACACGAAACAAAGUUAUUGUUGUUCCAAAUGAGUAUUCGGGUUUGGAUCAAAAGUCACUCGUGGUGGUACUGCUCUCGUUCAAACACGCUUUAAUCAUGUUGUUUUGACGGGUCGGGCUUAUUACGUGCGGCAUGUUCAAAAGUUAUUCUCUAAUGGGGAAGCUUUUUGGUUUGGUAGUUAAUGUAUGUUUUCAGUUCUCUUAAUUUAUUUGGACCGUUUUGUGAGUUUAAUUUCUCAUCAGGGUAUUGGCCCAAUUAAUACAUGAGAACCGAUUAUGUUGGUGUUUGUCUUUUUGAGUUUAAAUCGUUUACACAAUGUUAUUAUAA